CGUUUCUCCUGCGCAUUCCCAUCUCUGGCCGCCGCGCGCUCACUCAUUCCCAACCGCCACGUCGUCCUUUUUGCCCUGCAACGAGUUCUAUUCUUCUCGUCUUCGGUUGCUUAGUCUUCCCUUGCUUGUUUGUCCCUUCAGUUCCCUUUGCGGGCCUCUCGGCCACCAUGUUGCUUCACAGUCUCGGUCUGCUGCUGCUUGUUGGCCUCGCCCAGCUCGCGCUUUGCGCCGAGGACUACUACAAGGUCCUGGGAGUGGAAAAGGAUGCGACAGAACGGCAACUCAAGUCGGCGUAUCGCCAACUAUCCAAAAAGUUCCACCCAGACAAGAACCCGGGCGACGAGACAGCACACGAAAAGUUCGUUCAGGUUUCCGAGGCCUACGACGUCCUGUCCGACCAGGAGACGCGGCACAUCUACGACACCCGGGGGCACGAGGGCGUGAAGCAGCACCAGCAGGGCGGCGGGCAGGGCGGGCACCACGACCCGUUCGACCUCUUCUCGCGCUUUUUCGGCGGGCAUGGGCACUUUGGGCACGCGCACCGUGAGCCGCGCGGGCACAACGUCGAGGUGCGCGUGGAGAUUUCGCUGCGCGACUUCUACAACGGCGCGACGACCGAGUUCAAGUGGGAGCGGCAGCAGAUCUGCGAGACGUGCGAGGGCAGCGGCUCGGCCGACGGCAAGGUCGAUACGUGCGGCGUAUGCGGCGGGCACGGCGUCCGCAUCAUCAAGCAGCAGCUCGCACCGGGCAUGUUCCAGCAGAUGCAGAUGCGCUGCGACGCCUGCGGCGGGCGCGGCAAGACCAUCGCCAACAAGUGCCCGACGUGCAGCGGCGCCCGCGUCGAGCGCAAGUUCAACACGGUGACGCUCAAGGUCGAGCGCGGCGCGGCGCGCGACUCGCGCGUCGUGUACGAGAACGAGGCGGACGCGAGCCCCGACUGGGUCGCCGGCGACCUCAUCGUCAACCUGUCGGAGAAGGACCCCUCUGAGGACGAAAACCCGGACGGCCUCGACGGCGUCUACUUCCGCCGCAAGGACGACGACCUGUACUGGACAGAGGUGCUCUCCCUGCGCGAGGCCUGGAUGGGCGGCUGGACGCGCAACCUCACGCACCUCGACGCCCACGUCGUCCGCCUCGGCCGCCCGCGCGGCCAGUCGGUCCAGCCGGGCCACGUCGAGACCGUCGCGGGCGAGGGCAUGCCCCGCUGGCACGAGGACGGCGACAGCGUCUACCACAAGACCGAGUUCGGCAACCUCUACGUCACCUACGAGGUCGUCCUGCCCGACCAGAUGGACGCCGCCAUGCGCGACGACUUUGCCGCCCUGUGGGACAAGUGGCACGCCCGGAGCGGCGUCGACCUGCUGCGCGACAGCGGCAGGCCCGAGGCCCCGCUGUCCCCGCCGCCGCCCGCGAGGGACGAGUUAUGAUGAUGAUGAUGAGAGAAAAAGAGACAGAGCGACAGGCACCCAGUCCGCGAGAUGUCUUGCUGUGUUAGGUAGUACCUGAGAAAAGAGCAACCUGUACCGUGUAAGGGGAAGCAUUUUCUUUUUGAAAACCUUGGCGCAGGCAGGUAGGUAGGCGUAGAGAGAGGGAGGGACGAUAAGUGUACGAGGUACGACGGCCGUGCGUCUUCCGUAUAGGAGUCGGUAGCAGCAGAUCUAGGCGCUUAGACGAAUACCACCACAUGGGAUUGAACAAUCUGCGGGCUUCGGCUUCACCCUUUCUCUUCCUUCGCCCUGUUAGGUCACGUCGGCCGCGUAGGUACUCAAAGGUGCGUGUGUGUGCGCCAUGUAUAAUGUCAAGGAACAUGUAUAUACCAACGUAAAUCAC